GCAGACAUGGAUGGCAAACCUGAGAAACUCUGUCUUAAGGCCGAGGUGGGACUGGUGGGGGGCCUGUCCCUCAUCGCGGGGGUCAUGAUCGGCUCCGGGAUUUUUAUGUCCCCUCAGACAGUCCUGAUGAACAUUGGAAGUCCCGGUGCCAGCCUCCUGAUCUGGGCCUGUUCUGGAGUGUUGUCAAUGCUAGCAUCGCUGAGCUACAGCGAACUGGGUACAUUGAUACAAGAGUCCGGAGGAGAAUACAUCUACAUACUGCGCACUUCAGGCAAGCUAAUGGCUUUCGUUUUUGUCUUUAGUUCAGUCGUAGUUGUGAGGCCGGCCAGCAUGACCGGAGUAGCGCUCAGCUUUGCCCAGAAUGCUGUUGCACCCUUCUACGAGGACUGUAUGCCCCCUGACAUAGUGGUGAAGUGUGUAGCUGCCGUUGGUAUUUUGCUCCUGGCCCUUAUAAACUGCCUGAGUGUGCGCUUUGCGAUGGCUGUUAACAUAUUCCUGUUGGCAGCUAAAUCCAUCGCACUGCUGGUUAUUUCCAUUGGCGGUGUGGUGAUGCUCAUUCAAGGAAACACUGCCAACUUUCAAAAUGCAUUCGAAGGGACUAACUAUAGCAUCAGUGUAAUAGGAUUGGCUUUCUAUCAGUGCUUGUGGUCCUACGAUGGCUGGAACAACCUUAACUCUGUGACUGAGGAGCUCAAGCGUCCUGAGGUAAAUUUACCCAGAGCAAUACUGAUUGCCAUCCCGGUGGUAACGAUCCUCUACCUGCUGGUUAAUGUCAGUUAUCUGGCUGUCAUGACUCCACGAGAGAUGAUACUGUCCAAUGCUGUAGCUGUUACAUGGGGGAACAAAGUGCUGGGAAGCUGGGGCUGGGUGAUGUCUCUUGCUGCAGCAUUGUCUUCCUUUGGAUCUCUGAAUGGAUCAUUCUUCAGCGGAGGACGGGUCUGCUUUGUGGCUGCAAGAGAGGGACACAUGCCGAGCAUCCUAGCCAUGGCUCAUGUGCGGCGUCUCACUCCUGCUCCAGCUCUUAUCUUUACCACCAUUAUCUCCCUCAUUGUGCUUAUACCUGGAGAUUUCCAGGGCAUCAUUAACUUUUUCAGUUUUACAUCCUGGCUGUUUUAUGGGAUUACGAUAUCAGGGCUACUUUAUCUGAAAAUCAAAUUCCCUGAUCUUCCUCGUCCAUACAAGGUUCCCAUUUUCAUUCCCAUCCUGGUGCUGCUGGCUUCUGUGUUCCUGGUUCUUGCACCCAUCAUUGACAAUCCUCAGAUGGAGUACCUGUAUGUGUCCCUCUUCAUCCUCAGUGGAGUUUUUAUUUAUAUUCCCUUUAUUCACUAUAAAGUGUGUCCACGUCUGCUUGAUAAACUCACUGUGUUUCUGCAACUGUUCCUGGAGGUGGCGCCAGCAGAAAAGAAUUUAUAAGACACCAGAGCUGCUCGGAGACCUCACGCUGUUAAAACUUAAAGCUGCUUGUAUAAAUGGAUUUCUCAUUUAUUAUCACUGUAACAUUAAAAUAAUGAUUAGCAUUUAAAAUACAGUAGUACCUUGAAGCUCAACGUCAAUUGGUUCUGGGAGUGCCGUUGAGUUUUAAGGUAUUUUUUCCCAUAAGGAUGUAUGGGAAACCUGUUAAAUGUGUUCCAUGGUCCUGUGGAACUGCAUAUAUAUUUUAGGCUUCUGUAAAAUAAUAGGUUUGUUUUUGACACUUAUACAAUGAAAAUAACAUGAUUAUUAUAUAAAAAACACUGAAAUACAAUUGAAAAACAGUUAAAAAUCAAUAAAAAAAUACAAGAAUUCU